GUGACUAUCAGCGGCCUCCCGCCUCCCGGAUCUGCCUCCGAGAAAUUGCCUCAAGGUAAUAUGGGUGGUGGUGCACGCGGCGAAACGUAAAUCCUCGUCUCUCUCUUGCCCUUUUUUUUUCUCCACGCGGUGAUCGCGGCGCGACGCGGCCGCGAUUACGCGAACGUAAAGCGAUGUAACGCGAUAAAAGCCAGAUAAAAGACACUCGCGAGUCUUCCCGAUCGCGAGGCGAGGACCGUCGAUGAAUUGUCAGUCGUGCAACGAUCGUUAAUCGCCGCGAACCGGAUGAUAGACGGCCGAUAAGAGGGACAUUAUCAUCAUCGGUCCGCGCGAUCAGUGUCCCCACAUCCGCGAAGAUACACCUGCGACUCUUGACAUACAGCCCGGUAGAAAUCACUCACGCAGAACGGACAUCCAUUAAGCUAAGAAGAAGAAGAAUCAAGCAUUCUCAUCGUUCACGCCGAAAACAUGGCGACCAUCGAGUCCUGCGAAAUCAAGUCAAUUUCCAAGAGCAUAGGCCGCAGAAACGUCGUUCCUAUAAUCCACAUUCGAGGAACGCAUUACGAGAUUGGCUUCGAUAUCGGACGCACUUUCGCCAAGAUGAUUCAGGAUUUUGUGGAUAUUUAUCCACCAUUGAACGAAACCUAUCUACCCCUGUUUGCUACCGAGAAGGGCAAGAAUGUUUACGAAGAAACCCUUGACGCGGUAAAGAAACAGUUCCCGCAAUACGUGAGGGAAAUCGAGGGAACGGCGGACGGUGCAAAUAUACCAUUCUAUAAGCUGUUUCUGAUGCAUCUGGAUGACAUUAUUUCAAACGUCACGGUUGGUACCCAAGGAAAUUCGCUUCCAGUCGGCUGUUCGACUAUCAUAUGCAAUCAACCAGGAUCUGAGAUUCUGGGUCACAAUGAGGACGCCCUCAAGGAGACCUUGAAUCACUGGUACCUGGUGAGCGCUCACGUAAUCGAGGCCGGCCAUCGGGAGGAGAAGUUCACGUCGUUAAGCUAUGCUGGUUUCCUGCCGGGCUACACAAUGGGUUACAACCAUCACGGCCUAGUUUACAGCAUCAAUACCCUUAGCGCCGCUGUCCUGCGAUCUGGCAAGACUCCGCGAUACUUCUUGACGCGAGCACUUCUGGGCGUGGAGAACUUUGUGCAGGCGCAGAAGACGCUGAGGAACGAGGGCUUCGGUGCAGCGGAGGGCUUCUCGGUGAACAUGACGUUUCUCGCACAGGAGGGCGAUCGGAUGUUUCACAACGCCGAGGUGGGCCCGGCCGAGGCGGAUAUCGCCAGGUCGCAGCUCAACAUCCUGACUGUCAGCCCGGGCGAAAACACGUCGCAUUGCAACAAGUAUCUGCGUUUGAAGGUGGCAGAGGUGGAGGGCAUGAUCAUACAAAGCAGCAUCAAGAGAAUGAAGGCGAUCUUUAAACAUCCGCCGGCUGAAUGUCGCCAGGACGUGAUCAAUAUACUCAGUGAUCAGACGGACGAUGAAUUCAGAGUAUAUCAGGAGAUCGGCAGCGACGAUCACAUCAAAACGAUCGCCACCGGAAUCUUCGACUGCAUCGAACGGACGUGGUCUAUUUACACGGACAAGCCGCAGUACAACGAGCCGAUACUGGUAAUACCUAUGCAGCUUCGAGACUCCGCGGUUUCGCAAUGCAACAACGUGAAGAAAUAAUCUCCGUCGCGCUUUUCAUCUCGAUCGAAUUUCCGCCAUCGUCGCUCGAAUCACGAAAGUGCAGCGUUCGUAUUAAGCUGACGCCAAACUAAUAUGCGCGUAUUCUUGAUUCGCGAUUUGUAGUAAUUACGUACGGAAAUUCGUUGUUCGUUAUUGUAGUUCCCUCCACAUUAUUCGCAAACUACACAUGAAUCGCCAACACGCGCAUAGUCUAGCGCCAGUUUUACACGACAUCAUAUACAUAUACAUACGAUAUAUAUGUAACAUUAAUAAUUUUGAAUAAAAACUAAAAUAAGUAGAAACACAUUUCCGAUCUUUACUCGUAAAAUAAAAUGUAAAAGUAACACAAUGUGACUGAACUAUAGAAAAUAUUAAUGCGAAAAACAGGAAAAGAAAUAUCAGAGCCUAUUUAACAUUUAAAAAUAACGCGUCACAUAUUCUACAAGAUGUACAGUUCUGCUGAAUAAAUAAGAUUUUAUAUACUAUAUAAAAUCAUCGCGCGUUAUGUCUCAAUAUUUUUAAUUGAAGAAGGAAAAUGGCCGUAAAUUCUAUUAAUAAUCCAUAAUUAAUAAUUCUAUUAAUAAGUAGUUAUUAUGGCACAUAUUGAGUAAAGGGAAUAAAAGUGUUCGCCGCUGUGUACUAUUUUGUCAUUUCAUCUUUAAUUCCUUGAUAUUUUCGUAAUAUGAGUACAUUGUUGUGAUGAUUCUUCAGUUUUAGUAAUUUCGGGAACUGUUCGCUUCCGAUCAAUUGUAUAAUUGUAAAGUCCUCAACGUAAUCCACUAAAUUCCAGUAAAAAA